AUUAUGACAGAUUCCUACUAAACUAAUUUGUUUACCUUAAAAUCUUAUUAGAACCACUGAAAUUUUGAUUAGUCAUUAAAUGCAAGUAAAUUUAAACAGUUUUUCUAAAAACUGCCUAAAAACUCGGAAAACAUGGAAACUGUUGGACUCGAGAAGCAUGAGCUUCCCCCAACUAACCAGAAACGAAUGGUCGCAUUCAUCAACCAUUUCGUACUGAGCACGGUGAAUUUUCUCAACAAAUUCGCCUCCGAUUGCGAAUCUAAAUUUGUCCAGUAUGAACAUAAAAUACAAAGUUUGGAGGCAUCCCUGUCGAUUGUGGAAGCCAAACUGGCCUCGAUAGACACAUUGCAGAAUGGAACAGCAACAGAUGUCACCGUCUCGGAGACGACGGUUCCCUCGGGAAAACAAAAUAAGGGUAAUGAAUCGAUACCAGCGGAGGAUGCAACCACGAAAGAAGAAUCAUCCACUCCCGUAGAAACAGCUCCUAGGGAUCCCAGGUACGACAAGUAUUUUAAAAUGGUACAGGUAGGAGUCCCACUUGCGGCUGUAAAAAGUAAGAUCGGUUCCGAGGGUUUAGAUCCCAAUUAUAUUGACGCUUUUUUGUGAUAUGUUGAAAUAUUUGUACUAAAAGAUAUA